AUGGCAGAAAGAAAGGGUGUCACGACGACGAUAACGGAAACGGUGCCACAACAACGUUCUGGUUCCGGCAUAGUCGACGAAUCGGGACAGGGGAGCUUGACUGCUGGUCAUCUCCUCCACCAGGACACAGAACAGAGGCGCGACGGCAGGGAAAAACGGAGCCAGGCGAGGGACUUGGGGAUGGGCUCCAGCGACGCAGACGAGACGAAGGACGCCUCCGGGCGGAUGAGCUCUAGGCGGUGCUCGCCUCGAAGCUUUCCGGCGACGUGA